AUGAAAUCAAAUCAAGAUCAAGAUAUAAUAAUAGAAGAAUUAAUAGAGGUAGAUGGAAAAUAAAGUUAUUGGAAUGGAUAAUUUUUCUUAUAACGAACAAUUUAUUUAUAUCAGAUAAUAUAAGGAAUUGAAAUAUAUAUUAAAGAUGGGCUAGUGGUGAAAAAGUAUAAAUUUAAGAUAUACAGAUAAAAAGUAAUGGAUCCAUUUUGUAAAUCUUAAAUUAAUCUAAAUUUUCCUUAGGUAAAAUAUUUAAUUUGGGAUGGAAAAUAUGGAGAUAAGAAUUAAAAAGUAGGUUAAUGGAAGGCAUUUUGGAAAAGUAAUUAAUUAAAAGUAGGUGGAUUGUAUGAUGAUAAUGGAUUAAAAUAAGGAAAUUGGAUAGAUAUUGGAUAAGAAUAUUGGGAGUAAGUUUGAAUAUAAAAUAGUGAAUGUAAAAUAACAUAUUAAGGAUUUUAUAAAGAUGGAAUUAAGAUAGGGAAAUGGGAUAUAGUAUAAGAAAAUUAAAUUUGGUAUAUAGUAUAGUAUAUUAUUGCUAAAGUGGUGGAGGAUAAUAUGCUGAGAAUAAUUAGUAAAAAAUAGGAAAUUGGGUAGAAUUAUAUGAUAACUAUUGGAAGUAAUACUGUUAAUAAAUAUAUUUAGUUAAUGUUAAAUCACUUAAGUAGGAGAAUAUAAGAAUGGAAAAAGGAUUGGAAGAUGGGAUUAUAAAAUAGAAAAUAAUAUUAUGUAAAUAUAAUUAUCAAAAUUGAAGUGGAGGUGGGGUUUAUGAUCAUGAAAAUUUUGUUAAAUUAGGAAAAUGGAUAGAAUUAUAUUCAGAUUUUACUAAGUUUGAAAAUAUUAUAAAAAUAAAGUUAUUGUUAAUUGAUUUAGAAAGGAGAAUAUGAAAAUGGAAUAAAAUGUGGUGAAUGGGAAAUUUUAUUUAGAGAAUAUUCUAAUGAUGAAUUCAAAAUAAUGUAUUAUUUUUCAUUAAAUUAUUUUUAGAGGAUUAGAAAUUUAUAAUUAAGACUAGAAUUAAGAAAUUUAAAAAAUAGAAUUACAUAAGAAUUUUAACUAGUAAAUAUAUUUGAAUUAUAAAUAAGAUGGUGUUAAAUAUUGUUUAAAGGUACAAUAAAAAAAGAAAAAAGAUUUGGAAAGUGGGAAACUUUUUAUAGAUAUAGUUCAAAUCAUUAAUUUUAAAAAAUGUUAAUUAGUUAUAUAUUAUCAGAGGAGGAGGAUUUUAUGAUAUUUAAAAUGGAAAGAAACAUGGUAAAUGGAUUGAAGUAUAUGAACAUUUUAAAACAGAGUAAAAUUAUUAUAAUUUUAAUUUUUAAGUUUAUGUGAAGUUGUUUAUAUAGGAGAAUAUAUAAAUGGAAGAAAAAUAGGAAGAUGGGAUAUAUAAUUUAGAGUAGAUUCUGAUAAAGAAUUCGAAAUUAUGUAUCAAUUAUAAAUUAUAUAUUAGAGGAGGUGGAUUAUAUGAUGAUUUGAAUGGUAAGAAAUAAGGUGAAUGGAUUGAUUUAUUUGAAAAUUUUAAUAGAGAGUAUUAUUUUAAAUUUUAAAGUUAGUUGGUGUUAAAUUAAAUAUAAAGGAAUGUAUAAUAAUGGAAUAAAAUAUGGAAAUUGGAAUAUCUAUUUUAGAACUGAUUUUAGUGAAGAUUUUGAACUCAUGUAUUGUUUGUUUUUAUUAUUUACUUUUAGUGGAGGUGGUAAUUAUAAUCAUUUAAAUGGUUUAAAACAUGGAAAGUGGUUAGAUUAACAUCCAAAUUUUAAUUGGUAUUAUCUAAUUAUAUAUUAGUCAUUAUUAAAUAAUGUUAAAAGGAAUUUAUAAUAAUGGAGAAUAAUAGGGUAGUUUCACAUAAAUUCAAUUAGAAUGA